AUGGGCGUGUGGAGCAAUGUGAAAGAUUUUCGAAAAUAUUCUCAUCAAUACCUGGCCGCCUUCACCGGCACUCUGCUCAUGCUCUCGGUGGCCGCAUCGUACGGCUGGACAUCACCAACACUUCCUCGGCUGCUGAAGGACGACUCGCCGCUUCCAAUAACACCCGACGAAAGCUCCUGGAUCGUGUCGAUCCUUGUGCUAACCUCGAUCGGUGGUCCGAUCGUGUCCGCGUGGUUGAUCGAUUUCGUGGGCCGCAAAUUUACGCUCCUUUUCGCCGUCAUCCCCAGCAUCGUCGGGUGGGUCCUGAUAGGAGUCGGCGAGUCCGUCACCGUCGUUUUCAUAUCACGCGCACUCAGUGGGAUCUCGUACGGUAUGGCGUACUCCUCGAUGCCACUGUACCUGGGUGAGAUCGCGUCCGAUCGCAUUCGAGGAUCCAUCGGGACACUGCUUACGGUGAUGGCCAAAACGGGCAUCCUGCUCGAGUACACCAUCGGACCGUAUGUUGCUUAUCGGACGCUUGCUUGGAUAUCGAUCGCCUUCCCAACGACGUUCUUCGUGUUGUUUCUCUGGCUGCCGGAGUCUCCGUAUUAUCUGCUCGCGAAAAACCGUCCCGAACAGGCGGAGAAGAACCUCCGGUGGCUCCGACGGACAAGUGACGUCCAAGAGGAACUACAAAUGAUGCAAGCUGCAGUCGAACGAUCCCAGCAAAACCGUGGCACCUUCCGGGACCUUCUGAACCGUGGCAAUCGGCGUAGUUUAAUCAUCAUCCUGGGGCUGGGCGCUCUUCAGCAGCUUUGUGGCAGCCAGGCGGUGAUCGCCUACUCGCAGCAAAUUUUCGACCAAGUCGACACGGGCCUGCAAGCACACGAAUCGUCCAUCAUUAUGGCCGUCAUUCAACUGGUCACGGCAGCCCUUUCAUCCUCGAUAGUAGACCGUGUCGGGCGUCGUCCUUUGCUGCUAAUUUCCACCAUUGGUUGCGCCAUCGGCACCUUCAUCGUGGGUUUAUACUUCUUCCUCGACCAGCAGGAAGUUGAUGUCAGCGGAAUCGGUUGGAUCCCGCUUGCCGUUAUCAUGAUCUACAUCGUGUUCUACACCGUCGGGCUUGCGACGGUCCCAUUUGCCAUCCUGGGUGAGGUUUUCCCAACCAACGUGAAAGCUGUCGCCGCUGCCAUCUACACGAUGUUCGCCGGGUCCGUUGGGUUUGGUGUGUCGAAGCUGUACCAGCUCAUCUCCGACGAAGCGGGCACGUACCUUUCCUUCUGGAUCUUUGCCGCCUGCUCUGCGGCGUUUGUGGUGUUUGUGUUUGUGCUUGUACCGGAAACGAAGGGCAAACCGCUCGAUCAGAUAUUGAUCGAAAUGCACACCUCCACCAACCGGAGUCUCAACUGUUGCCGAACGCAUGCGAAGCAACGUGACCAGUGACGAUACGAUGUUUAGGUUAAGGGAAAGUAAAGAGACGCUAGCGCAAAAUGGAAUGAUUUUAUGUGAAUUUUCUA